UAAUAACAACAAGCAAGUCAGUUCUUGUCCAUCGUUAGAGGUGCGCGCGCGUCUGAUUCGAGAUGGCUCGCGUUCUCUUCCUGGUUCCCUUAUACGCCCUGGCGGCGGUGGGGAUAUACUACAUGUUCCUGAAGAAACCUCCACCCGUUCCUGAGGUGGACCUCAACGCCUGGUGGGGACCAAACGAGCUGAAGGGCAAGCAGGACACAAGCAUCAGGCCGUUUAAGGUCACUUUCAGUGAAUCGAUGAUUAAAGACCUCAGAGAGCGCCUCAAGAACCAUCGCAAGUGGACCCCUCCGCUGGAGAACGUCGGCUUCCAAUACGGCUUCAACAGCAAGCAGCUGGACAGCUGGGUCUCGUACUGGGCUGAGAGGUACAACUUCCAGGAGAGGGAGAGGUUCUUCAACAAGUUUCCUCACUUCAAGACUAAUAUCCAGGGGCUGGAUAUCCAUUACAUCAGGGUUAAGCCUGAGGUCCCAGCAGGAGUGGAAGUGGUCCCCGUGCUGUUCAUGCACGGCUGGCCAGGGUCGGUGAGGGAGUUCUACGAGGCGCUGCCUCUCCUGACGGCUGUCAGCAAGGACCGGGACUUCGCCAUCGAGGCCAUCGUACCCAGUCUACCGGGAUACGGGUUCUCUGAUGGUGCAGUCCGCCCAGGACUUGGGGCCGUUGAAGUGUCAGUGGUGUUCAGGAACUUGAUGCACCGCCUCGGCUUCAAGAAGUUCUACGCCCAGGGGGGAGACUGGGGUAGUGCUAUUGGUACCAGCAUGGCUACGAGGUUCCCUGAUGAGGUCCUCGGCUGGCAUACGAACUUUGCCAUGGUGCAGUCCCCCUACGCUAUGGUACAGAUGCUCUUGGGGUCCGUACUUCCCUCCCUAGUGGUGGAACCUCACCUGGCAGAACGUUUGUAUCCGCUCGGCAAGACUCUCUCGUACGUAAUGGAGGAGACGGGAUACAUGCAUAUUCAGGCUACGAAGCCGGAUACUGUUGGCGUAGCCCUCUCCGACUCCCCAUCCGGCCUCAUGGCCUACAUUCUCGAGAAGUUCUCCACCUGGACCAACCCCAACUGGAAAUCUCGCGCCGACGGCGGCCUCGAAGAGCGCUUCACCCGAGACCAACUCAUUGAUAACCUGAUGGUGUACUGGUCCACAAACUCCAUCACCACAUCAGUGAGGCUGUAUGCUGAGAGCUUUGGGAGCGGAAUCACACAGACCCUUAACAAAAUCCCAACAUUCGUGCCCACCUGGAUCCUCCAAGCCAGACACGAGAUCAUGUACCAACCACCUACCAUCCUCAAAGAGAAGUUCCCCAACACCGUCGGUGUGACGGUUCUCCAAGAUGGAGGUCAUUUCAUCGCUUUCGAGAUGCCCGAGACGCUGGCCGCAGAUGUGUUGAAGGCGAUCAGUGCCUUUAGGAAAUUGGACAGGAGCACGUUGAAGACUGAGUUGUAAAUAAAGCUUUAUACUUUUGUA